CACUUGCUGCCAUCUUAUUUCCCGAUUUUCCUUUGAAGUAAAACGAUUAAGAACAGGAGGCUUUCCUUGUGGAUUUGAGACUGUAAUUUCCCUCCGAUGUUCUAGUAAGUCAUGCUUUUAGCAUGACUACUUCGAGUUGUGUUCCUCAUGGACCCGAACUGGACGAUUGUUGCUCAAACGCAUUCGCAUUGACUGACUUAUGUGGCCUAAAGUGGCGUAAGUACAUUCAUGCUGGCGGCAAGAAUACAGACCCCUCUCGUCCUGGGGAUCCAGUACUGUCUUCCUAUUCCUUGGCACUAGCACAGGACAUCUUGUGUGCAUGGCGUAGUACACCCAGGACUCCAAAGAAGACAAAGGAGAGUUUGUCAGAUGUCAAUGUUGCCAAGGAGUUUUGGGUGUUCUGGUAUGGAGAUGAGCCAAAUUUAGUYGGAAUCGUGUCCUCACAACUAAUAGAAUCAAGCAACGGUUGUUGGGAAGAUGGUCUAACACAUGAGCCAAGGACUUUGCUUUUUAAAGCAUUGCAUAAUUUAUUGGAGAGAUGUUUAUUAUCGAAGAAGUUUGUCCGUCUUGGCCGCUGGUUUGUGAAGAAGAAUGAGAAGAGUGAUACAUUAGGAUGUAACAGUGAACAGUAUCUUUCCUUCUCCUUUUCGUUUUUCGUUCAUGGUGAGAGUACUGUAUGUACGGCAGUUGAAAUACAACAAGGUCCAAAGGUCAGAUCUCUUAUGUUAGAAGACUUGGUACUGGCAUCCACUAGGCCUGAGGGACUUCAAGUACUUCUAAGUCCAUUUGGUCAAAGUGGGUUCAUCACUGGUGAAUCACAGCAUGUUGAUGAUGAAAAGACAACCAGGUUGCUUGAAGAAUGGUCCAAAUUCUAUCCUCUGGACAUUGGUUCUAACUGGAUGGCAGGUGACUCCCAAGGGCCUGACCAGGAAGUUCCUGCUAUGGUCAUGGUUAUUUCCARUGAAGUGAACAUGAUGUACCCCUCRGCUUACGUCAUGGUAKCCUGCAGUGAUGAUGAAGAAGUGUUUGCACCAAGCACUGAUGCAAUGCAGUGUGCCAUUCUUCCUUCAUCUGUUUCAUUAACUCCUCCAUCUUCACCCUCUGAUCCCAUCAACACAGAUGCUUCAAAGACYUCAACAUCUGACAAAAAAUCUGUGUCUGUCAUCACCUCGUCAUCUUGUGUUCCUUCUCAAUCAUUACUGCCCAAAAUUUUACCCAAUCUGGUCAACAAGAAGAAAUUGACACAAGCCCUGGUUCAAGAGGUGUGGAGAGAAAUAACUGCCCCUAAGCCACCUCCAAGUAAAUUAGCAUCAUCUAAACUGGUACCCAGCUUCAUCAAACCAGAAUCAUACACUGCACCAUCUCCAGGUGGUGAAGUGAGUCUGAUUGGACAACCAUUAUGGGAAUUUGAAGAACCUUUUAAGCGCAAUACCUGCGCCUGUACCUCAAGCAGUAACAUCAGCAGACCCAAACCAGCAACACAAGUGCGGACAUCAUUUGGUAUCAGCAGACCCAUUCCUUCACCAAACCAUCCUCUACCGUCACCCCAACAACAGCAACAACAGCAACAGCAACAACCUCAACCACAACAGCAACAAACCACCCAAACAACUAUGAAACUGAAAAAAGAGAAAAAGAAACCRAUCAUUCCAUUUCAUCACCGUCCAUUACUCCAGCAAGAUGUUCCUGAGGCAGUCAAGUGUUAUUUUUCUAUGGCAACUAAAGGCGUUCCAACAGUGAACAGUCUAACAAACAUCAGUCAUAAGAGGCAUUCGGAUUGUGCAGGGACAUAUCUUAACAAAUACAUCUUACCUGCCCAGCCUACUAGUAACAAGCAAAYAAAUAGUCUUGGGGCAUCAGACACUAACUUUCAAAGUAAUAAUAUCAGCAAGAAUGAUAAAUGUGGUCAACUGUUGUCUGAUAAACAUGAACUGAAUGCUAAACCAGAGAGCAGUGCUGCAAGUGCUAGUACAUCUUCACAAGCCUUCUCAAAAUAUACGUGCAAAUUGUCUGCAACAAAAACCCAUAAAAAGACUUAUAUGCUCCCAAGAGAAAGAGCUUUUGUGAUUCCUAGUCUUCCUGGAAAUUCUUUGGACUGUCGACCUACGCCAAGCUUACCUUCUCCUUCAACUCCUUCAAGCAUUCAAACUGUCGUUUCWAGUACAAGUCAACCACUUUGGGAAAGUGGCAUUAAGAGACUCUCACUUGAUGUGGAAAUAGAAUCUGUCCCAUCACCAGCAAAGAAAACUAAAAGAGAACCAUCAGUCAAGAGUGUUGGACCAGGUCGGCCAAGAUCAGAUAGUUUGUCCAGCACUGGAAGGCGUGGACGAAGAAGCAGUUCUUUACAGUCUCCUGCUGUACCUAUAACUCCAAGUGCUUUUCCAGUUAAAACUGAAGAGCCUGAUGUGGAGAUGACAAUGACAAUACCUCCAAUGAAAUCMCCUACUCAAGCGCGCGGCUCCAGGCAGAGAAGAAGAAGUAGCACAAGCAGUGCUGCAAGUCCGUCAGUACCAUCACCUAUGAAUGUUGAGCAACAGAAACCAAGCCGGCCAAGACAAAGGCGACAGAGUAUACGCAAACAACAACAACAAGAGGAAAAGGAAAAACUACUGAAAGAGCAAGAAGAGGAAGAUACAUCAAUGCAAAAAAUCCUUCCUUCGCCACCAACACCACGGCCAAUUCCUAUCAGUAAUUUAAUGACGGAUAAAGACUUGAUGGUAACUGCAAAUGAUCUUGAUCAGCUUUUUGAUCUUGAUGAUGAUGAUGAUACUUUUAACAGCACUAUCAUGAGUGAUAACAAUUGUAACAAUCACAUCGGACAUGGAUCAAUUAAUAAAUCAAUGGACACUUAUAACCCAUCCCAGACGACCGUAACAACUGGAGUAGUAGCAUCUCAAGACCUUGCACGGAUGUAUCCUACUCCACCCUCWCUUGAACCUGUUGCACACUCCCCUCCUUGUUCUGGAAGUGAUUACAUCAGCCCAGGAAGUGUUAAGACCAUGGCCUGUAGCAUGGCUAUGUCUCCAGAAACUCACCUGAUUGGACUGACAGUGGGAGUGGAUGCGGAGCAUAAACACUUGUUUAGCCCAAAGGAACUAGGUCAAGUGUUUGAGAUUCCAGACAUUGAAGAUUUUCCAAUGACGUCUUCCUUUGGUCCAGUGACUGGUCUUCCUAGCGAAAGGAAACCACUGCCCAAAUCACUUGAAAAACUGGUUAACCAAGCCAAAUGGCAGAUGUCUCAAGAUACCGACUCUAGCAACUCAACAUCUCAAAAUGACAAAAGAAACAUAAACGAUACUGAAGUAAUGCAGACUGAAUCUACUUUAAUCGUGCCUUCACCAGCGAUCGGUGGUUGCCAUGGUGAUAUAGCUAGCGUCAGUAGCGAUCCAAGACAAUAUACCACACUAUCUCCACUCUCGCCAGCUUCAUCUAUUUCAUCCUUCACGACCUCGGCUCAAUUAUCCAAGCACAUUCCUGGAAGAAUAACCAAGAUUCCUUCAAAGUUACUUGCAACCUCUCUCCAGCAGACCAGUGCUCUUAGCAAAACUCUCACUCUUUCUGACUCUCAACUCAACUAUUUUAGCGAUAAGAACUUUGAUAAUGUGAACCUUUGCGUGUGUACAGUCCAGAUUUUAUCAAAGCCUGACCCCAAGGGUCUAAAACACAGAACGUUAUCGGACAAACGACUGGACUCUAAUCGAUGUACGUGUGGCUUUUUAUCUCUUGAACAGCAUAAAUUUGGUAAAGGACAGGGACUUUUUCCUGAAGAUGAAUUUUGGGUUUCUCAGGCCAGUAAAGCUAAAGCUGUUACUGCAACAGGACAACCGUCUAUAGAAGUAAAACGAGAUGAAUCGAUGCCUCAACAAGAUCCGUUGUUUGGAAGUUUGGUUGAAAUUGUUGUGGACCAGUGUUCAUCUCCUUUCUCUUGUUCAACAAUGAAAGACCAAAUGGUUCAUGUCGUCAAACAAACAGGGGAUGGUGCAGCAAGUGAUAAUGCAAUAACUAACAAAGGUCACGAAUCUAAAAACACUGCUAACGUCGCUUCAACUGUAGCUGUCUCAGCUCUUCACGGUUUGCGUCAAAUUCUCCAAGAAGCUUUGCAGAAGUCUACCAGUCGAAAAACAUGGGAACAACCCAAUGGCACCAUGGUACAAGGACCGUUGUCAUGGAAACAGCUCCAUCAUAUAGCUGUCAAAGGCGCAGAGGAAAGCCCUCCGGCUGAGCCGAUCCCUGCUAUGCUUGUUGGUAAUGGAGGGGACUGGAUGUCGUUAUCUCCAUUCUCCUUUCAAUUCUGGGAGAAGCUGUUGUUGGAGCCAUUCUCUACUAAAAGAGACAUUGCGUACGUCGUUGUUGCACCAGAAAAUGACCCUGUACUUACCAGUACUAAACUGUUCUUUAAAGAACUCAGCUCCUUGUAUGAGACUUGCCGACUGGGCCAACAUGUUCCCAUCGCCAAACUGCGAGACGGUAUCUUACGAGUGGGACAGAAGUCACUUAAAUUGUCAAAAGAAAAUGUUGAUGACUGGUUUUCCCAGCAAAGUACCACAAGUGAAGGAGCCAGGCUAAAGCUGUAUGCACUAGUUUGCAAGCAUCAUCUUGCUCCCUUACUAUCAACUCUUAAAGUAGACCGGCAGUUACUUGAACGAGACAAAUCAGACGAAAAAGUGAACCCUAAAACGGACAAUGGUUUUCCAUACUCAGGCACCGAUGGCUCCAGAGCGGGAACUAUUGGGACCCCUACAUCAGACAGUGCUUCCACACCCACCGGUGAUGACGAAGAAACCAUAAGUGACGAACCUCCUACGAUAGUGGUGUACCUCGUGGAUCCUUUCACGGGUAGUAAUGGCUCGGCCAGUAGUAUCUCGUAUAUAGGACUUCUACGGUGUUUUGCCGAGAUGACACAGGGAUUGACUGAUAAUGUAAAGAGUAAUGUUGUCCUGCAGGUCGUUCCUUUAAGCCAAAUCCUUCAAGUUGACAACCUGACCAAAUGCAGAGAGUCGUCCAUGUCGUUUAUCAUGCAGCUCAAGUGUCUUGCCUUCUCAGUGUUCUCACGGUGCAGGAAGACUAUCCAGUUAAACAUGAAUGCCAAGUCGUUAACAGGUUUUGGACCUGCUGCUGGCCAGGAAGCAAGCGUCAAGAAUAAGGAAGUUGAUACUAUUUGCUUGAAGCUCUACUCCUGUCCCUUCGUCCUUGAUACUCCAAUCACACCAGUCAUCGAAACAAAUGAAAAUGGCAUCGACAAAGUGAUCCCCGCCAGUCGUUCCACCUUGGUCUUACACUGUGGGUACUGUUUAUCACGUGACCAGCGGUGGCUGCUGACCGUAUGUACUGAUGGCACAGGAGAGGUGAUUGAGACUAAUGCCAUAAGUGUUGGACCGCCUCUUCGAACAGAUGGUCGUCCAAGGAAGACGCCAACCCGUACAAAGGCCUUGAGGAAGAUUUGGGAGUUCUGUGUUGGGGUGAUAUCGUCUAGUUUGUCGUCAUGGAGACUCGUGAUUUGUAAGAUGGGUCGAAUGGGUCAAGGAGAGAUUCGAGACUGGAAGGAGAUCCUGAGCAAGACGUCAUACGAAACACGCGAACCUUUUGGCCGAGAAGCAUGCAAUGCUUGCUUCUCCCUGCGAAGUGAUUUGCGUCCUACCAUCAUUGGUGCAAGUCUGAUUGCCUUAGAACCUGAACCCGCAUUGAGGAUGUACAUGGCGAAAGGUCUUACAAAAGCAAGCACUAGUUUGGAUGUCAAUCACCAGACCCCCGUGACCAGUAUUACGAAACCUGACGUGUCCAGAACCUAUAUAACAGUAUUUACCUCUAUAUACCACUACAAGGGAACCAGUAAACCAAUGGAUAAUAAAACUGUCAUGACCCCAGAAACUACCACUGAAACUGUCAUCACCGAUACCGAUAUACUAUUGGCUGGAGCAGACGACGAUGAAAGUGACGCAGACCCUCUACGACAUCUUUUCCCAUUGUUGAAUACUUCUCCUACUCCUCUUUCCCCCACUGCUGUUCUCCUCGGCUCACCCUUGACAUCACCUCUCGAUGAAAACCAUCUUCAUUCAUCUUCUCCCCACACACGAGUGUCCAACCUUACCUCAUCGCCCGCAGUGUCAGCGCAUUCACCAUUCCAGCCGAUAGGAAGAGCGUCCCCUUUCCAGCCUGUAGCAGCGGCAUCGCCAUCUAAGAGUGUUACCUCUCAGCCGGGUCAGGGCAAGGUUGAUGAUGACUGCCCUAUCUUACAACCCUUGGCGCAGGGCUACGUUAUAUCGACAGUACACACUGGGAAACUGCCCAGUUCCUUUUGGGCAAACUAUCCACAGGCUGAAAAACUACACCCUGUGAUAUUAAGGGCGUCCAUGUUUAUCCAUAACCCAGAGAUCAUCGAAUUGACCAAUGGCUUUACAGUUUCAACACACCCCUUGAAUUCACAUGCCAAUUGUGAUGUUCUGAAGUACAUAUUGCAGCAGUUCGACGCUCUGUCAUGGUUAAAUAUCGACCCAGUAUCACGUGAUCGUCGCUCCUGUCUCCCUGUUCAUCUGUGUAUGUUGUCACAGCUCCAUGACGCGUUUAUUCAUCUUCUGGAAAAAUCUGAAUGUUAAGUGUUUUUUUCCUAGUACCAGACAAAAUUGUAUGCUAGUCACACCUUCGAUAGAUAGACAAUAUAUAUUUCAAAUGGUUAUUUUUGCUUAGGGCCCUAACAAGUGGCCCAACAUUUGACCCAACAUUUGUCGGCAGAUGGUUGGCACUUAUUGUCGUGAAAAUCGGCAUAACUAGACAAGCCCAGACUAUGGCAAACGGUCUCAAAUAUUGGUUCAAAUGUUGGGCCCUUGAAAGUUUUCUAUGCAACAAUGUUUGCCUAAUGAAUGAAUAAGAUUUUAUUCUUUUUUUUUUUGUUUUUGUUUUUUGUUUUUUUAUAUAAACGAAUUACGAGCAGGUCAAGAAAAUACUUUCAUCUGUCUGCACCGUUUCUCUCUUUUCAUUUUGAGCCGUUUUUAUUGUUGUGGCCUUUUUAAUUUCCGUGCCUGUCUACAUUAUUUAUAUCUGAUCAACCGGAAUUUAAGAUGAAAAACGCGAGCGUUAUGGAAGAAUAUCUUUUAUCUCGACAACCUGAUGCUUCAGCACUUGGCUGCUGAAAAAGGAUCAUCAUUUUUAUACCAAACUCUUUAGAUAAAAUGUCGUUAUGUGCAUAAUUAAGAAACUUCGAGUCAAUUCUAAUUUAAUGGCAAAAGCUGCUAGUAGGUCAGCGGUAAUAUAAAUGGAUUAAGUUCUAUACACAUGUACAUAUAUAAAUAUAUAUUAUUAUAAUUAAUAACAGAUAUAAAUUAUACUUUACACCGUUUUAUCGUGUAGGUUGACUACAUGCGUAGUAAAGUCUAGUGGUGGUUCAGGAUCGUGACGAAAUCACGUUAAUAAUUCGUAGUUUGUUCAUGUACUGAGAGUAGUCCCAUUUACCUUUUGUCUGUCUGUCUGUCGGUCGGUCCYUGUCUGUCUGUCUGUGUUUUAACUUUUAUGACAUUAUCAUGGACUUGUGUAUUUUUACUUCGCUUAUUUACUAACCAACCCAAGUCUCCUGGUUAAAACAACCGUCAUGAUAAAUUAUUGAAGUCGUAACUUUCUUUUUCAACAUUUCAUUCUGUAUUGUACACUUCCAUCCAUUUUCCUGAAACAUUUUAAGAGCUUAAAUUUCACCAACAUUUCUCAUAGAUUUUCUGGAAUGCAUUUUUACAUGUUUUUAGUCUUGCAUUUUAAAUCUUCGUACUAUUUAUUUUGAAGCUCAUUCACCUAAUAAUAAUUGAGGGUUAUCGAAAAUCAUUUAUUUUUGCAAACAGUGUGAAAUUUAACCUUAUAUUUUUAGAGCUGUGUCUUUCAUUCUAGCAUUAGUUCUUAGAGUACAGAACUCUUAAUGGUAAACCAAUUUGUUAAAAAGCUAAAUGUCUGGUAAUAUUGAAGUCCAUUUUCAAUCAACAUCUAUUGUAUGCCAUUGGACAUUUUAAUCCCCCCCUCCCCACUCAAAAAGAGGCAAAUUCCAACUUACAAGAUGUCAUUUUUCUAGCAACUUUUAUCAGAAUUUUGAUAAAUUUUUCAUAACCUUUAAAAUUUCAUCUCAUUCGAAUUGUAACAAGUUUAACUUUGCAAAGAAAAAUGGCUGCAAAACAUGCUGGAUGAAAAUGGAUGUCAAUAUUGUUGCAGUUUUCACAGCCCGACAAGCUCGUUAAGCAACAUGUUUUAUAAUGUGCGACAUUGGGUAAAUGCAAGUUUUGUCUAACAGAUGGGAUAGCUUAUUGAAUUCUCUUGGUCUCAUUUCAAGCGUCGAAUCUCACAUGAGCCGAACCUAAUGACAUCAAAGAACAUCACCUUGUUAUCCAUAGUUUCAAUUAGGUUCGGCUCAUGUGAAGCUCUACGUUUGAUCUGAGUCUGACUUAAGGUACCAAAUAUAUCAACCAAACCAUUGUGUAAUAGAUGUGAUCACGAAUAGAAUCAAUAAUUUACAAUUAUCACCUAGUCGAAGUAUAUUAUAGUAAUAUCCAAAUAGGUCGCUUGGAAGUAUUUAUGGCCAAGGCGUUAAAUGUAGAAUUAAGAUCUAAAUUUGUAGAUAUGAUACUGAAAUAGUGUAGAUAAAUAAUUAUCCAACAAAAGUAUUUGUUACAAUCAGAAUUUAAAGUAUAGAUUUUCGUGUCCAUUUUAUCCUCAUUGUUCUUGACAAUGUCUCGAGAGAUUUCCAGGCAUCUAUUACUGGACAUCUAUUUGUACAACAUUUCUAACUUUCCACGUCCUACCACAAAGUAUCGCUAGCUAGCUAGUUGAGCAGUUCUAAGCUAGAUAGAUAUAUAUAUGAUAGUAGUAUUUUUAUGUUGACUGUUUGGUAAUAAUAUUGCAUACAUUAGACAUUUUUAUCUUAGCAAAAUGACAUGACCAUAUUAUAUUGGAAAAGAAACUUACAAAUAAAUGUUAUUUACUUAUGAAGCGAA